AUGAGCCAGCGGCGGGCCACCAAGAUGGGGCUGGUGGUGGGCACGGCCCUCUGUGUCUCGCUCUUCCUCUACCUGCGGACCCCCGAGGAAGCCGAGCGGGCGCCCCCGCCCCCCGCCGUGGCAGACUGCGGCUUCUACCCCGACGAGCUGUGCACGGCCCUGCUGGCGGGCAAGGGGGCGGCGCCCCAGGUGGCCCGGUUCUGCCAGGGCCCGCCCGGGGCGGACGUCGCCAGCCACCUGCGGGGCCCGGGGAACUGCUCACGGCUCUCGCGGGGGCUGCGCUUCAUCACGGUGCCCCUGUCGGCCGAGGAGGGCAACUUCUCCCUGGCGUACAUCGUCAGGGCGCCGCGGGAGCUGACCGUGUUGGUGCGGCUGCUCCGGGCCGUGUAUGCUCCGCAGAACUUGUACUGCGUCCACGUGGAUGAGGACGCGCCCGCCAAGUACCGGGUGGCCCUGCAGACCCUGGCCGGCUGCCUGGAAAACGUCUUCCUGUCGCCGAGGAGCGGGGCGGCGGCAUCCCCCGGCCCGGCGCGCUUGCAGGCCGAGCUGGACUGCAUGCGGGAGCUGGUGGGCUCCAGGGUGGGCUGGAGCUACGCCCUCAACCUCUGCGCCGAGGACUUCCCGCUCAGGACCAACCGCGAGAUCAUCCGCUACCUCCGGAGCGAGUGGAACGACAAGAACAUCACGCCGGGGGCGCUCCAGCCGCCCCCCGCCGAGAACAACGGGAGCCAGGCCGAGGCGGCGCCGGGGGGCAGCGUCUACGCGCCCCCCAACGUGGGCUUCUGGGUCGAGCCGCCCCACAACCUGACCAUCUACUUCGGGAGCGCCAACUAUGUCCUCACGAGGAAGUUCGUGGAGUUCGUGCUGACGGACCCCCGUGCCCGAGACAUGCUGCAGUGGGCCAGACACGUCCACAACCCAGAGCGCCACUACUGGGUGACCCUGAACCGCCUGAGAGAUGCUCCGGGCGCCACCCCUGAUGCCGGCUGGGAGGGCAACGUUCGAGCCACCAAGUGGAAAGGCCAGGAGGGCCGCGGCCACAGCGGGUGCAAAGGCCGCUACGUCCAGGACCGCUGCGUGUACGGGCUGGGGGACCUGCCCUGGAUCGUCCAAGCGCCUUCCUUGUUCGCCAACAAGUUUGAGCCCUCGGAGGACCCCCUGGUGGUGACAUGCCUGGAGAGGUGGCACAGGAGGCGCGUGCUGGGGGGCGCCGAGGUGCCCCUGGAGCCACACUGGCACUUCCAAGCCCAGACGCACUUCAACGGGGAUCUGAGCGGCUGA